AUGGCCAUCCUACGUGCGACUGAAAAGGUCUGCGAGAGUGUUGACACAGCCUUCAAACCGGAUUUCUACAGUCACAGUGACUGGAUUGAGCUGAAUUACACCGAUCCCUUCACUGCCCUGAUCAAUCCAGAAGAAAACAUACCCAACGCUGCAAAAGAGGACAUGGAGACAUGUGAUGACUUUCCCAAUGGACUUUCUGAAAAUAUUAAGGAAAGCAUUAUUAAGGGGAAGUUUCUGACAUCAGGAUACGCUCUAAAAUCCAGACCAAAAGGAAAGUGCAGCCAUGGAGGUUUUGCUGAUUAUCCAGAUGGUAUAAAUAAGGAUUACAGUGAUUCCAGUCACGGUUCACUCCAUAAUAAAGCUGCAAAUGUUUCCAUUAAUGCCAGUGUGCAACUGCUGGGGAAGAUCUGGAGGAGCUUGAAAAAGGACCCAGCUCUCAACUUCUUCAGACUUAUGGGGCUUCAUUCAGAAAAGCCAAAGAGUGCAUGGAAACCUCUAAUUUCUUUCUUUGACUUCAAACUGAGAUAUCCGGAUGCAAGUGAGGAUGAUUAUGUAGAGGUUUAAUGCCAGUGUGCGAAACGGCACAUUUAACACGU